AUGGCCGACGCUCUCUUGGCUCUGCCGCCUGCUGUCUUGCUUCCACCUGAGCUUCUGGACGACCGCGGACAGGCCCGCCAGGCGAGCCACAUUUCACGUCACAGCAGGCCGCAGUGGCAGCAGCGGCGUGGUGGCACAAGGGCAUCAUCAGUGGUGAUGGGCCCGUACGAAUACACAAGCACAGGAGGUGCUACAUACGAUACGACUCGGACAAGAACCGCUGAUGCCGCGGCUCUCCGGGUUGCCAUCUGGCCGAGUGUCACAGAGAUCUGGGACGUGGAACAGCGGGCACAAGUUGCCGAAAGCUUGCAGCUUGGACACAAGGACGACGCCUUUCGAGCACAGGCCGGCGGCGCAUGGCACCUGGUGGACGGCGAGGAGGUGCCGGCUACGGAGUAG